CGUCCUGGUCUCCUGGAUGUGGCUUCUCGUAGCCUCCUCCUCUCCCCGUGCCUCCCCUUCCUCUCUCCCUCUUCCUCCCCCUCUGCCUCCUUCCUCCCUCUCUCUGCCUCUCUCUCCCCACGUGCCGGCGUAGCUAGGCGGAUAGGAUGAGGCAGCGACGCACCGGCUGGCUAGCGGCGUGGGUGGGUCGGCGGCACACGGAUCCAGGGCCUCCAUCGCGGGAUCCAGGGCCUCCACCGACAGUGACCUCCCCAUGCCCGCUCCAUACCGCCUCCCCGCGCCAGCCACGGCGGAUCCAGCGGAUCCAACCCCGGCCGUGGUGGUUUGGGCCCCAGCCAUGGCGGAUCCUACGGAUUUGGCCCCAGCCAUGUCGCCUACGAUGACUUGCUGCCCGUGCCUCCAGGUACUCCACCUCGAAUUCGACCGCCUGGCUCCACCUGUGUCUCUUCCACUCCGCCAUGGAUUAUUUAUCCCGUAGGAUGCUGCUUGCGUCGAUUCGAUUCCCAUGGGCCGUUCCUCGUGAUGCUCUGCUGAGAUUUGUGCAGGAAGGAGGAUGUGCUAGUGACUGUCAUGCUGAUAUGCGUUCUGGUAGUCUGGGGGUUGCAGGAUGCUUCUUUUUUCAGAUCCACUCAUCCAUGUGGUUAUGCAAUCUUCGUAUACCCCUCACCUCCCUGUUGUUCGCUUUCUGAUUUUUAUUCAUUCUUCAUGUUGUAGAAGUAGAACUAAUGGUGGAACACAUGACAUAUAGCACUGCAGCACUGGAUACAAGUAAACCUAGUAUGAUGCUGUCGUCCACUACUGUAUUGUCUAAAACAUAGGAUUGUGCCCAGGAAAAAAUAAUGAUGUAGUUUAAUUAGGAUGUUCUUUUUAGCAGAGACAUUUAUGUGCCCAUGAGGGAAAAUUCUACUACAUGGACAGGGCAUGGUCCCGUCAAUAUGUUCUCAUCAUGAGUAAAUGGCAGCAUUUAUGGUUAAUUUCGUUGAAGAUUUUCAGAUAACUAGAUUACUCUAAUGCCUCAUUAGGUCAUUAAUUGGGUGUUGAGGCAUGGAAGGGGCUCUAUCAGAGCAUCAGGUCAACAUAGAACGGCAAUGGACCAGCUAUGUGACUUAUAAAUAUGGUGAAGGAGAAAACAUACUGAACUCUGGUCACUGGUACAUCUGAAAUUUUGCUCAAUAUGAUGCUAGAUAGAUAAAAUAAACCGCCCUGCUGUGUAGUGGAUUAUCAAUCUAAUAUAUGAUAGUUGUGUCAAAAAAAGAUGAUAGUUGCAUUUUAUCUUCAUGGUGGUUAACUGGUUAUUUGUGGCAGGGAGACAAGUCUAUUGAGUUGGGUAAUGAGGAUGAGGGCUGCUAUAUCACGUCCUAUUGAUAAUUGCAGAUGGGCAAGUACCAUGUUAAAUCAUUACGUAAGUUACUGAUCUAAAGCUAACCACAAACAGGUGACCAGGCAGCAGCUUUUCCCUAACUCCUACAGAAGUACAAACCAGUAGCAAAAAUUCUGAUUAGCUAUUAUGUGUUCCCUUUGUUAUUGAGUAGUGGAAGCUCGCUUUUUUGUGAAUGCUAGAGUGAUGGGGGACUGGGAUUAGUAGGGCCUUGCGAAAUUGGGGGUCAGGAUCAUGUGCAUAUCUCCAAGCAGUUUAAGUCAGAUAAAUGGUUUCUAUACUGCAGUUUUGUGUAUUAUGAUAUUCAAAUACUUUGCACAUUAAGUGAGCAAGUGUGUUACCUGACCCUGCAUUUCUUUGAUCCUGUUUAGAGAAUUUGGAGUUUUGUCAAUUCUGGCUCUGUUAUUUUAACGUCAAGCAUAUUUUAAAGUCUAUAGCUGAUGCCUGCAUCAGACAAGAAUAGAAGGAAUAUGUUGAUUUUACAGCUAAUUGGCAAUCCUGCUAUUGUUCUCAUUAUAUCUAACUCUAGAUAUUCUCUCUACGGACUAGAACUGACAAGAAGUAUGGUGGACUGAGUUUAUCAUAUGAAGAUGUUGGGUCAAGUUCUUGCAGUCACAGGCUGUCAUCGAGUACCAUAGGAAAGUUUGUGCCUUUGUGCCUUUGGAGACUUGCAUGUCUACUGUUUUGUAUGGUUAAAGCUGGUUGCCUCAUGGAAUUAGUUGGGUCAUUUCUUAUGUACGGUUAUACUCGUGUAGUCAAUGUAUUUAAUCUCAAGAACAAUCCGUAUAAUAUGUAUUAUCUGUUUAUGUACUGUUAGGAGUCUUCUAGGUAGCAGCUCCUUGAGUAGAUGUUUUGUAGCAUAAGUUGUAUCUAAAGUUUGUAAAGAAUUUGAUUGCUUCAUAAGUUGUAUCUAAAGCUUGUAAUAAAGAAUUUGAUUACUGAAUUAGAGGAAACAUGGCUGAUUUAUAUAGGACCCAAGUAGUUUUUUUUUUGUUUUUUGAUUGUUAACAGUGACGUGUCUUGUGUAUACACGUCGCUGAUGAGACCAAUAUCAGUGACGUGUUUUUGGCUACACGCGUGGCCUGUAACUCACAUCAGUGACGCAUUAUUGGCAAAGUGCUACAUGGCAAGGCGAGGAUUUAAUGACACUAAAUCAGUGUCAUAAGAUUAUAUGACACUGAAACCACACGUCAUAAACUUAUGACAUUUAGCAAAAAAGAUGUCAUAAAGCAAAAAAGAUGUCAUAAAAUCAUUUUGUGAUAGUGGCUUUUUGACAUUACAGUUUAUGUCAACUUGAUGUCAUAAAACUUAAUUUGUGACAUAAAUUGCAUAUAUUAUGGCAUAAUAGAAUGUUAAAAAGCCACACACUUCUUGUAGUGCAUUAAAGACCAAGAGCGCUCAAACAUCAGGUGCCGAUGCCUCCCAGCCCAGUCAAGCUUCAGCCAAGAGAAAAGGUCUGAAAAGCACCAAGACCCAGCCGAAGCGUCAGAAGACAACAACAUCUUCUCCACCUCAUCCAGUAUCCCCGAUGCAAAUAGCAUCCUCUCCUUCUCCAUCGGAGCCCUGGACACAAGAAGUACCUUCUCCCCCUCGAUCGGUACCCCAGCUGCAAGAAGCACCAAUCGAUGUAUCUGAACAGAUUGCCGAUCCGGUUGAUCUGGGCACAUCAUUGGUCGCCCCUCCAGAACAGACAAUCACCAUACCUCUUCAAGCUGAAGUCGUUCCAUCGGCAAUCCCAGCCAAUCAAACUAUAGUACCAGCUGCAUUUCCACGUCACAGACAGGAAAUCACCCUGAAGCAAGAGCAAGAUUCCCCAAAUAGCCUAUUAUCCUUUGCUAUCGACAUCUCUGAUGAUGAAGGUGAGGAAGCAAGCUCUUCUCAGGCGGUUGGAAUCACAUCGGUAGAAAUCAAGGCCAUGUUGGAAGACUUAUUAGCUCUGUUGCACCAAGACACAGCCCAGCUAGUGGACGAUUCUGAUCUGACCAAAGUCAUAUUCAAGACCCUCCGUGGCCAAAAUCUAGCCGAUGCAGAAGAAAUCCUCUUCCAAGCUGCCCACCUAGAAAGCUGCCAACUCCAGUAUCAGAAGGCUAUUCAGCGCCUUGCCGAUAGAGCUGCUCAUGCCCAGCUCACAGAGGAGAUGCUGCAAGUAAAGCAUGCUGCUGAUGAAAAACACAAGAGCAUCGGCGUUCUGCAGUCCUCAAGAGAUGAGCUGAAACAAAAGAUCUCCAAUCUAUCGGCAAAAAGAGAAGCCCGGCUAGCUGAACUUAAACAAGUGGAAGAAGCCCUAGCUCAAGCUCAACAGGAAGAAAGCUAGCUGCCUGACGCACUCAAGACUCUUCUGCAAGAAAGGGACGUCCAAGCCUGCAAAGCAUUGCACAUGAAGAAGAAGCUGAAGCCAGUGGAGGGCUCUGCCGAUGGAGACACUCGAGAAAUAGAAGAGGCCAACCAGAUUCGUCUACGCGCAAUAUCGGCUAUCCAGGCUUUGCUGAAUUUGUGAACUUUUCAUUGGCAACUUGUUUAGUUUUGUCUUCAAACUUCGAUCAUUUUGGUCUAGCCGAUAGGAUUGUUAUCAGCACUAAAACUCCAUGCAUGGCUUCAGAUACACUUAACAUUGUGUCCAGCCGAUAGGACUGUUAUCAGCAUUUAAACUUUUAUGCAUCAAUCCAAAUA